AUGGAUGCUAUACUUGACUCGAUUCCUCAGUUAAUCAAGGAUAUUGAACAACUGGAGGACUUCAAAGCGGAGAAGGAGAAUGAACGACAACUGUUGGAAUCUCAAAACCAAAAACUCAGAUACAGGUUGAAGUUGUUAAAAGAGGCUGCAGUUAAAGAGUCAAAUGAGGAAUCAAAUAUGGACUCAAUAAAUAUUGAAGAACAUGCUUUGAUUAAUUUACAUUCUAUAUUAAUCAGUUUGUUUUCAAACGCUAUUAAAACAGCAUAUCCGACAUUAGAAGACAUUGGCCAACCUGCAGUAUCUGCUGGUAGUAAAUUUGCUGAUUAUCAAUGCAACGCAUCAAUGCAAAUAUGUAAACUUUUGAAAGCAAAAGGUGAAAAUGUGUCGCCUAAUGUAGUUGCUAAAAAACUAGUGGAAUGUUUAGGACAAUGCAAUAUUAUUGAAAAAGUAGAUGUUUCUGGACAAGGUUUUAUCAAUGUAUGGUUAAGUCGUAAUAAGCUUAGAGACAUUCUACAGUUUGUACUGGAAAAUAAAUUGAAGCCAAAACCAUUAACUAAUCCACAGAAGAUUGUAAUAGAUUUUUCAUCACCCAAUGUUGCUAAAGAAAUGCAUGUUGGUCAUUUAAGGUCAACAAUUAUUGGUGACAGUCUAUGCCGUGUAUUUGAAUUUAUUGGUCAUGAUGUAUUGAGAAUAAAUCAUAUUGGUGACUGGGGCACACAAUUUGGUAUGUUAAUUGCUCUACUUCAAGACGAGUUCCCUAAUUACAAGACCGAGUCUCCUCCUAUAAACGAUUUGCAACAAUUUUAUAAACAAUCCAAAGUUCUUUUUGAUAGUGAUUUAGAGUUCAAAAAACGGGCUUAUGACUGUGUUGUUAAAUUACAAAGUAUGUCACCUGAUCAUGUUCAAGCAUGGAAAUUGAUUUGUGAUGUAUCAAGAAAAGAAUUUCAAAAAAUAUAUGAAAGAUUAAAUAUCAGCAUCAUUGAAAGAGGAGAAUCAUUUUACCAAGGCCGUAUGGAAAAUGUAGUUAAAGAUCUGGAAAACAAAGGAUUUUUGGAGAAUGACGAUGGUAGAAAAAUUAUGUGGAGUCCAGAGUCCUCAAUACCAUUAACUGUAGUAAAAUCUGAUGGUGGAUUUACGUAUGAUACAUCAGAUAUUGCAACAUUAAAACAGAGAAUUGAGGAAGAAAAGGCUGAUCGGAUUAUUUAUGUCGUUGAUGCUGGACAGAGUGUACAUUUUGAUACUUUAAAAAAAUGUGCAAUUCACUCAGGUCUUCUAGAUCCAUCUAAAGUUCGCAUGGACUUUGUUGGUUUUGGUGUAGUGUUGGGUGAAGAUAAGAAAAAGUUUAAAACCCGUUCUGGUGAUACAGUUCGUCUAGUUAGCCUUUUAGAUGAAGGUAUAAAAAGAGCAAGAGAUAAACUAGUGGAAAAAGGCCGAGACAAAGUAUUGACCGAUGAAGAAUUAAAAUUAGCAGAAACGGCAGUGGCUUAUGGUUGCAUUAAGUAUGCUGAUUUAUGUCAUAAUAGAAGUCAUGAUUAUGUAUUUUCUUUCGAUAAAAUGUUGGAUGACAAAGGAAAUACAGCGGUUUACUUGUUGUAUGCACUUACAAGAAUAAGGUCCAUAAUUAAUAAUUUGGGCACUCAUACUCAAGACUUAAAUGAGCCUAUUUCACUUGACCAUGAUAAAGAAUGGAAACUAGCCAAGACUUUGUUACGGUUCUCAGAAGUACUAUCAAAAAUAACUGAAGAUUUUUGUCUCCAUCAUUUAUGCGAAUAUCUUUAUGAUGUGGCUACAACAUUUAACGAGUUUUAUGACAAUUGUUAUUGCAUUGAAAAAAAUCCUCAAACUGGUGAAAUCGUUAAAGUGUUUACUGGAAGAAUAUUGCUGUGUAAAGUCACAGCAGAGUACAUGAAUACGGGAUUAAAUUUACUGGGCAUCAACACGGUAUCUCGAAUGUAG